AUGUUCAUGUCCCCGGUGCAGCACGGACAGCCCUUGUACGCGGGCCAGCAGCCCGGUCACGGUCCCCCGGCCCGUGGCAACUACCCGCAGCAGCAGCAGCAGCAGCAGCACUUCCAGUCCAGUCCGCACCAGGUGCACCAGUAUCCGCCCCAUCAGCACCGCACGCCCAGCAACGGCUACAACGCCAUGCCCCAGGGGCCUCAAGCGCCUUCGCAGGCUCCCCCCGCGGCCUCUUCGGGCCCUCCGCCGUCGGAGGGUACGGAUGAUACCAAAUGA